GAUGUUGUUCGAUGUGAAGGAUUCCGAUGACGCUCUUGUUAAAAUCAUUUCUGAAUUAUUCGAACGAUACAGCUUGUUCGAUAAAGCAAUAGUAUGUAGUUUCUAUCCGAUUGUCGUUUAUCGUAUAAAACGGCUGAAUCCUAGAAUAGUAACAGGUCUCACGUGGCGUCGAAAGUUCUUUUCUUAUCAUGACUUGGAGAACAAGCGACCAAGGUAUCAAAGAUCGAAACAAAAAGCAUUCGAGCUUUUUGAUCUUAUAUACGUUAGUGCGCUUGAAACGAUCACUCCGUGGUUUUUAGGAGUUGACUUACUUCUCACUAACAAUAAGGAUAUCUCGAGCGGCUUUGUCGAUCGACAACGUUCGUAUGGGAGGUAUGUAGCAGUAUGGACAGUGAAUGAUAUUCACGAAAUGCAAUGGAUGAUGAACACCUUGAAUAUUCCCAUUCUGACUGAUUAUCCUCACCUUUCCAAACAAAUUUUUGCAAAUAAAUGA